AUGUCGUCCUCAGGAUGUUGGAAAUGUCUCUCGAGACCAAAUACUUCGCAGUUUUUACAGACUAGUCAUGCCACUUUGCGACUUCCGAAUACGGCUGCCGCUGCCGCGGCGGGGUUCUCAACCAGUGCGGUGCUGGGUAAGGAUCCAGUGAAGGCUAAACCAAAGGGGGCGUCGACAUUUGCGCAGAAGCAGGCCAGGACUGGAAAGACGUUGAUUAUUAAGAAGAGGCCGCCGCCUGUUAAAACGGGGAAGCCCCCCGCGGACGGAGAGAGAAAGGCGUUGAGGAAGAGGAUCGUGCUCAGUAAUACGAAUGCGUUGACGGUGGAGGGGUUGGAGGAUUUGGGGCUGAACAAUAUUGGGAGUGAGGGGUUGGUUACGAAGGUGAUGGGGUUGAGUGGGAGUACGGUGGAUAGUUUGAGGGCGAGCGAGGCGUUCAAGGUCACGCAGGCAUGGAAUUUAUUUAGGAGGCCGGCCGUGUUGGUUAGGGAGGAGAGCCUCAGGUGUACAAAAGUUUUGGAGGAGGCGGAGGAGGAGAAAAAGACAGAGAGGUUGGUGAUUGAUGGGGGGCGGGUUUCGGGGAAGAGUAUGAUGCUCUUGCAUGCUAUGGCUUCCGCUUUUGUCAAGGGCUGGAUCGUAUUGCACAUUGCGGAUACCCAAGAACUUGUCAACGCUUGCACCGAAUAUGCCCCCAUACCUGACACAACCCCAACUCUCUUUUCUCAACCCACAUACACUGCAGCGUGGCUAGAACGUAUCGGCAAAGCCAACGAAGCAGUCCUCGAUAAACUUCAAUUAUCUCAAGAGCACAAUCUUCCCAUAGAUAUCCCAGAGAAUACAACAUUACUACGACUUUGCCAGUUAGGAACUCGCGAGCCCGAACACUCGUGGCCAAUCUUCCAAGCAUUCUGGAAAGAAAUCACGGCUGCGGACCGACCCCCAAUCCUCAUGUCAUUGGAUGGACUCCAGUGGAUCAUGAAAGACAGUCUUUACCGCAACGCCGAUUUUAGUUUAAUCCACGCUCACGACCUAACCGUCAUCAACCACUUCGUCCAAUAUCUAUCCGGCGAGAAAACCCUCCCCAACGGCGGCGCCGUCAUAGCAGCCACAUCCCGUAGUCACGCGCCCAUAUCCAGAUCCACGGAUCUAGCCAUCAUGCAACAAAUCAACCGACAAGCAGAAGAAGAAAUCACAGAACGCGAUCCGUUUGAGAAGAAAUACGACGAGAGAGCGGAUAAAGCGUUGCAGGGUGUAAAGGUCUUGUGGCUAAAUGGAUUGAGUAAGCGGGAAGCGAGGAGUCUGAUGGAGUAUUGGGCGCAGAGUGGACUUUUGAGACAGAGGGUUGAUGAGAAGAUUGUGACGGAGAAGUGGGCGUUGGCGGGGAAUGGAAUUGUGGGGGAAUUGGAGAGGGGGUCGUUGAGGAUGAGGAUUUAG